AACCAACACGAUUUUUCAUGGAAUCUCAUGACGAGGGAAUUUUGCUCGUUGCUUCGAUGCGUUUUUCUAUUCUUGUUUAUUUAUUCGAUUAGUUUGAUCGGCAUAUGAGGAAAGGCGCAUGCGCCCUGCGACGUUCCUCGGUGAGUCUGCGAAGUUUUUACUGACAAUUGCGACAGGGUUUUGUGCACCGUGUCGACCGUCAAAAGCGAAAAAGACAGAAAACGUUAUGUCAAGUGUCAAAAUUGAAGUCAAGGGGAGAUGAUUUUGGGGUUGAGAAAGGAUAUCAGUGAUAGGAGCGUUGAGACACCGUUGUGAUUUCUUAGGGGCUGGGGAGGCUGGGGAGACACUGAGCAGCCAUGGAUUUUGAGAUCCUUGUUUUGUGAGGAUUCUUCAGUAUGGCAACGACGGGUCAAGGUAUCACAUGUGGCAAUUUUCUGUUUUAUAAUAAUUUUGACUCUGCCAAUUUGGCAAGGGUCGAGCCUGUCACCGCUAUCAACACAUCCAGCCAAGAUGGUUGUGAGACUGAGAGGAAGCCCUGCAAGCUCUCUGAAGCCCUUCCGGACUAUGAGUUCAACGUGUGGACAAAGCACGACUGUCAUGGCACUGAAUUCCAGAACAAUAACAGAACGUGGUUCUACUUUGGUAUCAAAUCCCCAGCCCAGGGGGCUUCUGUCAAACUUAAUGUUGUCAAUCUCAACAGACAAUCAAAGAUGUUCAGUCAGGGGAUGUGCCCAGUGUUCAAAAUUGUACCUGGACAUCCUCACUGGGAGAGAAUUCGAGAUAAACCGACUUAUACAAUGGACCAAAAGGGCAGUGAAUUCACAAUAUCUUUCACGAUUCGCACUCCGGAGAACCCCAAAGCCAUAACUUACGUGGCAUUCACCUAUCCCUUCACCUACGCCGACCUUCAACAGUAUUUAAACCGAAUUGAUGCGCGAAUGCAAAAGCAGAAUUAUGGGAAUGCCGACGCUAUUUACUACCAUCGAGAAUGUGCAAUAAAAUCGCUGGAGGGUCGUCGACUGGAAGUCCUCACGAUAAGUUCCUACCACAACAUAACCCCAGAGAGAGAGGACAAGCUCAAGGGGAUGUUUCCGGUCGAGGGUGAGGAGAGGCCCAGGAAAUUUCGGGGAAAGAGAAUAAUUUUCGUCAGUGCCAGGGUUCACCCUGGUGAGACACCGUCCAGCUUCGUGUUCAAUGGUUUUCUGAAUUUUUUACUGAAUCGUGACGAUCCCAUUGCCAUGAUCCUCCGGCGUAUCUACGUCUUCAAACUGGUGCCAAUGCUCAAUCCUGAUGGAGUCGCCAGGGGACACUACAGAGUUGACACACGUGGGGUGAACCUCAACAGGGUGUAUCUGAGUCCCUCAGCUGUCGAUCAUCCCACAAUUUUUGCUGCUAAAUGUCUCAUCAGUUAUUACCACCAUUUCUACGAAGUUGUUGAGGCAGAGACGACGGACGAGGGAAUUGACUGCCCUGGGGGAGAGGAUGGGAAUCAGACGGUGAGUCUGAUGACUUUGGAUGACAAGGAGAAAAUAUCCGAGGGUGAAGCCACUUCUGGGGGCUCUGGGCACGAGGUGGAGAGGCUCAGGUGCAAGGAGGACAAGGUCGACAGGGGCCCCGAGGACUCUGGACUCUUUCUCUACAUCGAUCUUCAUGGACAUGCCUCCAAAAAGGGCGUCUUCAUGUAUGGAAAUUACUUUGAUGACCCGGAUGACACCAUCAUGUGCAUGCUGCUGCCGAAAUUAAUGUCCAUCAACAACCCCAAUUUUCAUUUCACCUCCUGCAAUUUCGCCGAACGAAAUAUGUAUCUCAUAGACAAGAGGGAUGGAAUGUCCAGGGAGGGUUCAGGAAGGGUAGCGGUUUACAAACUAACUGGACUAAUUCGCAGUUACACGUUGGAGUGUAAUUACAAUUCUGGAAGACUGGUGAACACUGUCCCAGCGAGGGUCAGAGAUGGAAAUGGAAAGCCCCAGGGGCAUAUGUUCGUUCCUCCCAAAUACACGCCAACAGUCUUCGAAGAGGUGGGUGCUGCACUGGGUCCUUCCAUCCUUGACUUGACAAACAGUAAUCCAAACAGUCGUUUACCAAAUAGCCAGUAUCGUUCCCUAAGGGGUGUUAAAUCAUAUUUGAAACUUACAUACGUCAACUCACUAGCUGGUACGAUUCACAGGCCACGACUGAAGCCACUGUCAUCACACGACAAUAUCGGGCCCCCGAAGGAGCCCCCCUGCCUCGAGGACCUAGUGUCCACCAUGACCAGUCCCUCAAACGAUCCAAAUACCAGUCAUAGGAUCGAUCCAACGGGCCCAUCAAAAUCUCGUAUCGUCAGACGAACGGCCUCACUCUACACAGCAGUUAAACGAAUAAAAAGUGGCAAAAGGAGCUCCCGCCAGCUGUCGACAAAUCGUAAGUCACUGAAGAAUCAACAACGUUUGAGUAAUUCUGAAACUGGCCAGAUGGUUUCUAAAAUCAGAUCCUCACGACGUACGAUGAAGGGUCUCAAGCCAGUGCUUCAUAAAAUCGUGGGAAAAAAGGCCUGUCAGGUUGUUGAGCAGACUGGUAUCGUCAAGCACGGCACCAAGAGGCUCAAAGUCAUACAGAGAGUCAUCAAGACACGCCCCGAGGUCGGUGAGUCGUCGAAAUCGUCCACUGACGAGGGAAAGAGACGGCCCAAGGGGAAUUCCAUCGAGAGGAUCCGAAAGAAUGGAAAAAAUGCCCAGAGAAACUCUUCCAAAGGCAUUUUGAAGAAGUAGUUCUAGGCUUGUCACUGCUUAAUCUGAAUUUAACUUAGAAAAACUCAAUGGAGUUUUCAGUAUUCGAGGGGAAGGGGAAUCUGAUUUUUUUCUUCGGUUUUUGUGUAGACUUUUUAGAUUGAAAAUUAGUCGAGUGAAAGAUUUUAUAUGUGAGUACUCUGUGAUACCUAUUUAGUGAUUCAUUGUUACGUUUCAUAAUCCUUUCCACAUAGUCUAUUUGGAAUAUUAAAUUAAUAGAUUUAAUUGCAAUUGAAAAGUAGAAUGAAUUUGAGAGCAGGGGAGUCCGAAAUUUUAGGGUUGUCACGGGGCUAGAGUAGAUGGGAUGUUGAGUGUAUUGAAAAAAAAACGUCUUGGAUUACUUUUUUUCAUCGUGAGAGGGAGGACGUAAGUGACUAGAUUCUAGGAAUUUUGGGGAUACUCAAUCACGUUUUUUAAUUAAAUUUUAAUACCACUCAAUGCACAGGAAUUGAUACUUUUCAGUCACAUCUGGCGUGAGGAGCUUUUCGCAAAUUGCAUGUCAUUUUGAAAAACUUUUUUCAAUUGUAAGAACCAUUGUACUGAUCUCUUCAUUAAAACGAAACAAAGUGACGUCUGAGUA